UUCUUUCUUUCUUUCAUUUUUAACCCCCUCUACUCCAACAUAGUAAAUAUCAACAACUUCCUUUUUAACCAAAAAAACAUCCUGUUUUGCUUCUUUCUUUUUUUGUUUUGUUUUUUUGAUACCCAAGAUCAUAGUUUUCUUGAAUUUAUUGGAAUUGUGAUUAAAUUUGAAGUUGGGUAUUAAUAGGAUGAGGAUUGAGAAAAAUGUUGUAAGUGAAAGAAGAGGUAGGGAAUAUAGUGACUCCAAAAAAACCCGGAGAAGACAAAGGAUGGUUUCUCCUGUUCAAAGACUUUAUGAAACUUGCAAACAAGUGUUUGCUAAUUGUGGUCCUGGUAUUGUACCUUCUGCUGAAAAGAUUGAACGACUCAAGGCUGUUUUGGAUACCUUGACUGAAGCGGAUGUUGGCUUGAGACCGAACAUGCCAUAUUUUAAGUCAACAACGUUUGAUAAACCUCCUAAAAUAACGUACCUGCACCUCCAUGACUGUGACAAAUUCUCGAUUGGUAUCUUCUGCUUGCCUCCAUCAGCUGUCAUUCCACUUCAUGAUCACCCUGGAAUGACGGUUUUUAGCAAGCUUCUUUUUGGAGAUAUGCACAUAAAGUCGUAUGACUGGGCUGCUGAACCAACUCCAAUUGCUAAUCCUUUAGAUAAUGGACUUAAGGAUUCUACUGGACUUCGUUUAGCAAAAGUGAAGAUGAAUUCGGAGUUUAGAGCUCCUUGCAAGACCUCCAUCCUAUAUCCAGCAGAUGGUGGUAAUAUGCACUGUUUCACAGCAAGAACAGCCUGCGCCGUGCUAGACGUGCUUGGCCCUCCAUAUUGUGAUCCCGAAGGUCGCCACUGUCAAUACUACUAUGAUUUCCCGUUAGCCAAUAUCUCAGUGCCUGAGGAACAGAAGGGUGAGUAUGCAUGGCUGAAAGAGAGGGAGAAACCUGAAGAUUUAACUGUAGUUGGAGCACCGUACAAGGGACCAAAGAUAGUUGAGUGAUAUAAUUCCCCACCAAGAGAAUUUCUGUGGAUGAUGACGACGGUUGCAGUGAAGCAGAAGAAAAGAACUCCCUUUUUCCUUUCUCGUCUUUCUUUCCCUGUUUUCCUCCUCAUUUUUUCUUUGUUUUCCUUGGAGGGAAAAGGGACAUUCUUUUCCCUUCUCGCGGUUUGCUAAUGUACAUAGUUAGACAGGAGGAAACAAACAAUGGUCAAUGCAACUCAAAAUGGUUGGUGAAAAUUUGAUAAAGUAGUGUUUUUCUUA